UUGUUCGGUCACAGUUCGCCAUCGGGCACGAGAUCGUACCGUAAUUUUAUUCACGGUUCGUCGUCCUCGCGGCAACCACAUGCUGGAGGGCCGCAACCACAUGGAGCGAGAAAGAUCACCUGCAUGCGGCUGCUGCAAAACCUAUCCAAUUCCUCGUCGACCCCCGCGGCAUCGUCCGCCACCAGCGCGACCUUUGAGCCUUCCGACCAAGCGAACUCCCCCACACGAACCUCCUUGGAAGAAGCGCUUCCAGCUGCGUCGACCGGUAACGAUAUUGCUUGCGGGUUUAUGGAUGGCACGGUGGCGAUUUUUGACACGCAGAACGGAACUCUGAAGCGGCAACUCGCGGGCGACACCAGCCACCACUUCGCGGUGUCCUGCCUGGCCUACUCCGAAGCGGCGAAGAAGUUGGUGUCCGGUGGCUUCGACAAUCGGUUGCUGGUGUGGAACCCGUUUACGGGGAAUGGGCGUCUGGUCGAGAAGAACCAGCACUCCGCUGCCCUCGUUGGCGUGGAGUUCCUGGGCCGCGGAGGGAGCGCGACAUCUGGGAGCACGUCCGGAGGUGGAGGCCGUGGAUCCCAUCCCCACCAGACGGGAGGUGCAGGUCCGGUGAACAAGCGCAUGGCAACAUCGCGACACAACUUCUUCGUAUCGGCGGACGAAGCUGGGGUCUGCAAGGUUUUCGACGUCUUCCAGCUGACCUGCGUACAAAGCUUCAGUGCCGUUGCGACAAUCGCAUCUGCGAACCCCAGUGCUGGAGGGAGCCGGAAAAUUAUCAGCACGAUGUGCUUCGUACCGGAGUGCGCCCGUAUCGUCCUGGCGGGGUGCGGCGCGAAGUCCUGGCUUGUGUUUGACGAUGCGUCUUCCACUGAUACUGCUUUGACCUCCUCGUCCGGGGCAGGGGCUAGCAGUGACAGCACAGGAAGAACAAAUGCGGUUGGCAACAGAGGCGGGGGCCUGAAGAUGUUGCCCACUUCGGCCACUUCAGCAGGAGCGGUGACCCCAGUGGCAGACGAGCAAACCGUCUGUCGGGCGGUGUUUCAUAGGAACCGCGUUUGGACCGCUAACACGGGCAACCGCAUUCGUACGUGGAACGCAGCGUCGGGACACUUGGAGCGGACGCUAUCAGCGUUUUCCGCGGCUGGGUCGUGUAGUAGUUCCAUGAUGAGCAACGGCUCCGACUGUGCGAGGACGUCAAAAGCAACGCAGAGCAGGGCGAGGAGCGGCCAGGAUCAGCAGGACGCGUUCAUCACAGACAUGUGUUUAGAGUUGCCAAGUGAGCGCCGCCUGUACGUUGCCGAUUCGCUGGGGCGCAUUGCAGAGUGGAACGGGAUUACUUUCAACUUCCGGCGGUUUCUUCCGAACGAGCACGUCGGUGAAAUUUCGCAGCUGCAUAUGCAAGAAAAAAACUGUGUAAGUGUAACUCUGUAAUGCAGAACAUGCCACAGAGUUACGCCUGUCAUGCCAGACAGCCAUGAUGUCCUCUUUUCAUGUGUGUUUUCCCUUACAAGCCGCGCAUGACAGGUUUUCUCUGUCAUGUAGAGCAAAGUUGUCAUGCUGUCAGCCAAAGAAACUUACACUAACACAGUUUUUUUCUUGGAUACUGCACUGGUGCGGGAAACAUCAAUCGUUACUGUCCGUCGGCGCGGACAAAGCGCUUAUGAUCCACGAUUGCGAGGCCACGUCGGGCAGCCGUGAUAAGCAUGCGAGCGGUGAUGUUGUUGAGCGCGGUGACGUCCAACAUAAUUUCAGCUGUUUUAAAAAUAAAAUGACGGCAACAUCAAGUACUACAGGGCGCGCACCACAGCAUCUUCACCAACAUCAGCAGCAUCCGAACGUAGUUGCGGGAGCUGCUAGAAGUACAACAACUUCUAGUAGCGCAGCUACUUCACCCUCUACUUCUGGUAGCACGACGCGAGCCACGACCCGAGGGCCGUGCCGGGUUGUGACCAAUUGCCACGACGCGGACAUUCUGUGUGUCGCGUUCUCGCCCGUACUGGAUGCGAUCGCAACCGGUGGCAGCGACCGCGUCAUCCACCUUCGGAACUACGCAAAACUGAGCCAGUAUCCGGGGGGUGUGCUUGCAUCAGCGGGCGCCGCCGCGGCCCCGUCUUCUGCUGCAGCGGCGCAGCAUGCCUCCACCACGGGGGCGUUUCUCGCCGGCCACUCCGGCCGCGUCACAGCGCUGCAAUUUGUCGACUAUCUGCUGAUUUCCGGGGACAGCGAGGGUAAUGUGAUGCUCUGGCGACUGGACAUUCUCCAGCCGGGCGUGCGUGGUCGCAGCGGAGGCCAGAGGAGAACGCCGCCUGCGAAAGAAACUGGCGGGCUGCGGGAACUACACGGGAAUUAUGCUACGGAGGUGCUAGAAGUUGUACAACAGCAGAAUGGUGCACAAUCUACUUCCGGAACGGAACAACAGCCGGCUCGAAGAGAGAAGGACCAGCGAGACUUCUGCGAGAUUGCGUUAGUGUCGCGGUUUUUGAAUGUGCGCUCCACGAUGGACCAGCCACGAUGCAUUACGGCCUUUGCGUUUCACUUGAUUCUCGAGCCACCUGAUGCUAGUUUUCUAGAAGGUGGUGGAUCAGCUACUACUGGUGAACAUCAAGCGACCACUGCAACAAAGACCUUUGUUCCGAGGAGCAACUACUACGGUGCUGCGACACGACCGGCGGCUGGAACUACACCAGGAGAAAGCAGAGGCCGGAACGAAGUUGUUGCUGAGGACGAAGAAUGUGCGACCGACCUCGCCUACGAGCUGCGGCUCUUCAUAGGGGAUGAAAGCGGAGCACUGCGCUGCUGGGACCUCACCCGUGCAUUGAUGGUGGAAGAUGACCCUUCGGAAAUGUUGAACUACGCGGGAAGAACGGCAAGUCCAGCUGUCGAUGUGAAAGUGCAGAGCCACGAAUUUCAUCUUCUGGAGGAGGUCACGGCGAUUGGCGGCUCGACGCUCGGCUGCUUGCUCGAUCUGCCGUCUCGGCGACGUGCGGCACGUAUUCGAGAGACAAUUUUUACGCCCCUGAUACCAGAAAAAACAGUUUGUGCUGCUUUUUUUUCCUGCCAAUGAAGGACGGAAACCUGGCAUGCAAAGUCGCCAAUUACAUAAGUACUCGAAAUUAAUAAUUUGCUGGAAAUAAAGGCAAAGGGAAAAGAAUCGGAAAGGUACCCAGCAGAUUUGUGACGCUGAGCAGACGAAGCCGACUUUUAAUUGUAUUUCGUAAAAGACUACAUCAGAAAUUCCAAUUUUUGCUACGUAUCUGGUAUGGGUGUGUUUUUCUGUAGCAGAGCACGGCCGGGGCCGGAAUCUCUCCUGGGGGGGACCGUCAGCAGGGCGGCGAUCUCGAACGGGCGCCCUGCCUCCACCGCGCCGGCAACAAGUGGUCGCACAGGAGUCAAUACUGCGCAGACGCGCCGUGUCCGUACGGGAGCCGCUUCGCGGUCGGCAAUGGGAGGGCAACUUCUGAACCAGCAGUUGCAUGGAGCUGCAAGUGGACUUGUUAACCGCGCGGAGAUGUUGAAGAGCAUGGGGUCUAAUUCAUCUGGGUCCGGGAGCGUGAAAGUGAAUGCAGGUGUCGCGGAAGUAGAUGGUAGUCUAGCGGCUAAACUCGCCGUGGCACAGAGUGCGGAGUAUCGAAAAAAACUUCAACGAAAGCAUUUGCCUUUGGUCGCAGAGCUGCUCGAGGACGCUUCUUCUUUCAACGAGAGGGGGAACGGCACAGUUCUGCAGCGCGAGGCGGAGGACGUGCACUGCGAGGGUUCGUUUGCCGGUCGGGCGAUCACCUCCAUCCAGUUGAUCGAAAAUACGAGUCCGUCUGAUGAUGGUAGACGGGAAGUCAAAACAAAUCAUCGAUUGGGAGAUGUUGUUUUUGACGAGAACAAGUCCUCGUCUCCUCGCAGUGCGGUUCUGCUCACCGCGGGCGCUGACCGCCGGGUGUCGGUUUGGUCGGCGGAAACGCUGGAGCGGCUGUGUGAGUUAGACCUUUACGAUCACACGAUAGGCUGCUGGCUUACGAUGCUGAAAACUGCCCCGCCCCCAGAACUGGCAAAGAUUUCUGAUGCAAAGGUUCCAGAUGCUGGAAGAUCUUCGUCCUGCAUGAGAGGACUACGAUGCUUCCUGAUUUAGAUUUUAGGCGUGAAGCAUAUAACCUCUUACACGACAAGCCUCGCUGUUGGUGGGCCUGCUGUUUGCAACACAAAUUUUUCUAUACGGGUCUGCAUCGAGGAUUGAAAUGAAUGUUCAGGAAGGUGGAAAAAAUGCGAAUGUCAAUGUUUCCGUCAGGAAGCAGCAGCGCUGCGAUCAUAAUCAUAUCAUCAUGCGUAAAAAUAAAAAUGCUUUCAAGUUCUUCUUCUUGAAGUUCUUUGGUAGGGCCGCUUUUCAUGUUGAUGCGGAUGCCGCUCUCCACGGUGGACUCCUGCGACGAAAAGACAGCGGUGCGGGAAGUCAUCGCGGAGGCUCACCGAUUGGAGCGACUGAUGAUUGCAUCAGAAGGCGUCGCCUUGCUGGACAAGGUUGGGUGCAACUAGGUCGACCUCUUGUUCAAAGGGGAGCUGCCAGCCUCGUCUCUCGGCUACAUCAAAAACCUCCGGUGAUCUUCCACCAACAUUAAGCUGGUACGUGCAGCGCCCUUGUCGUCUUUGCGGAGGAUUCGCUCUUGUAUGUGCCUACUCAGUGCUCCGCUGUGCUUUUCGCAUAAAAAUGCGUGUGUCAGUUUCGAAACCGCUAUCGCAAACGCAACCAGUGCGCCCUGCGAAUUUGAGUCUUCAUUCCUAUCAAUGUACCAACCUGAAGUUGUAGUAGAAGUAGUAGCAAAAGUAGUGAAUAAGUAUAUGUUUCUGUCAUGAACCAUGUUUGAGUUUUUAUGCUUUUCGUUUCCACAGACGACGCAAUAAUGUUUCUCUGCCACAGUUUCAUACAUCCUGACCGCAAAAGUAAGAACAGUGCAGCAAUAGUUACUGUACGAGAAU